AUGCAGGAGCGUCAACUCCAGGAGCGUCGUCUUGCUCUCGAGCCCAGUAUCCAUGGAAUGAUCUCGAACUCAACUCGUGCUUACACGGACAUCGAAGCGGUCAAGAGCAACCUGGAUCACAUCUGGCUUAUAAUUUGCGGAGCAAUGGUGAUGUUCAUGCAGGCUGGCUUCGCAUUGGUGGAGUCUGGAUGCUGCCGUGCCAAGAAUGUGCAGAACAUCCUGCUCAAGAACCUCACUGAUGUCUGCAUCGGGACCAUUGGUUGGUGGAUCUCCGGAUGGGCCAUUGCCUACGGCGGGCCGAUGAAUGCCGACGGGUUUUUGGACAAUGGGUUCAUGGGUACUGAGCAGUGGUUCGGCAUGGGCUUUGUCAACUAUGCCGGCGAUGGCAAGUUUGAACCCACAACAGGCAUGCUCAACUGGUUCUUCCAGUGGGCCUUCUGCUCCGCAGCUUCCACCAUUGUGAGCGGCGGCGUGGCCGAGCGAGUGAACUUCGGUGGCUACUGCCUCUACUCCUUUGCCAUGACCGCCUUCGUCUACCCGGUCAUUGUGGCAUGGACCUGGGGAUAUGGAUGGCUUGCGUCACUCAACAGCGUGGGCUUUAUGGACUUUGCCGGCAGCGGUGUUGUGCACAUGACCGGUGGUGUGGGCGCCCUGAUGGGUGCCAUCAUUGCGGGACCGCGCGCGGGGCGCUUCCAAUAUCCAGAUGAGUUUGCACCCCACAGCCUCCCCCUGAUCACCAUGGGCACCUUCAUUCUGUGGUUCGGCUGGUACGGCUUCAACUGUGGCUCCGCAUUGGGCAUGAACGAUGCUGCACAGGGCUUUAUGGCUGCGCAGGUGGCUAUGAACACCACCAUCGCUGCUGCGACCGGUGGCAUCGUUGUCUUCUUGCUGCGCCUGGGCAUGACUCGUGGGAAAUACGACAUCGGCGGCUUCUGCAACGGCAUCCUCGCAGGCUUGGUGUCCAUCACAGCUCCAUGCGGCAACGUGGAAUGCGGCAGUGCCUUCGGCAUUGCAAUCAUGGGCGGCUUGAUCUAUCAGGGAGCGUCUUCGCUGUUGAAGCUGAUGAAGGUGGACGACCCCAUCGACGCCUUCGCAGUGCACGGCGCCUGCGGUGCAUGGGGUGUCUUGGCCGCAGCGCUCUUCGAUUGGGGCGAGGGCUUCGACUUCCAUCAUGGGUGGAGCGGCUUCGGAUGUGUUUCCGACGACAGCGGCUGCCUGGCGGGUGCCAAUGGAGAAGGCCUCGCAGCAAACCUUUUGGAGAUCGUCAUGAUCACCAUUUGGUCAGGCUUCUGGACGGCCCUGAUCUUCCUGCCGCUACGUUUUAGCGGCUUCCUCCGGGUCUCCGACGCUGACCAAGAUGCCGGCCUCGAUGCGGUAAAGCACUCGCCGUCCAAAGCCUACAGCAUCGAGAUCAACACGUUCGCAUCGACGACUGGAGUUGCUCUUGACAAGGUGCAUCCUAUGACUGCUAACGAGGGCAGUCCAGCUCCGCCAGACGCCUGA